GCUCCAACGCCAGGCACGAUGUCACUGAUCGUGACCGCCGUAAUGACUGCUGACGAGAUGCAGCAGGCGAUGUCUGUGCGUCGUCGCGUAUUCAUUGAUGAGCAAGGAUUCCGCGAAGCUGUGGAGACUGAGGAUCCCAGUGACGACAAGCCCACCACGAUCCACUUUGUGGGCAAAGACUCCGAGACGGGCGAGUACGUGGCAGUGGCUCGUUGUCUACUCGACGAAGCGAACCGCAAGGCAAAGUUCGGUCGAGUUGCGGUGCUGUCGGAGUGUCGGGGUAAGAACUUCGGCGUGCAGCUCAUGGACGCCAUCGAGGAACACGUACGUGACCGGGUGGACCUGUUCGUGCUGUCCUCACAGUACGGACGCAAGGGGUUCUACGAGAAGUGCGGUUACCACUGCCCAAGCGACGAGAUUUACCUGGAGGAAGGAGCAAAACACUGCUACAUGGUCAAGUCUGCCAACUUGUCGAGCUAACACCAGUCUAUUGAGCUACGCAUAAAAACCAAGUACACGACUGGCAUUCCUGAUUGCACCA